AUGGGUCCUUCGGUGCAAGAGAUGUCUCAACAAGACGAACAAUUCGAAUUGCUUCUGGAGGCUAUUGACUCGGCCUCCCGCGGUACCCUCCAGUCAAUUCUAAAGGCAGUGUGUCGAAGCGAUCAAUCCACCAGGGACCGAGUGUCCAAGUCACUUCUCAUUACCGAAGACCAAGUCCGGCCCCCUUCACCUUCAUCUGAAGAAGAUGACGAGGAAUGUGUGAAUUCGGACGUGGAGCAAUCCGAAGACGAACAAUCACACCCCAAAGAAAGAAACUCGAACCAGCAAACUCCAGGCUCCAAGCGACUUCGACAGCGUUAUGCGUAUUGCGAAAACUGCGAACAAGAGUUUGACGUCACACAAAAUACAAGCACAAGCUGCAAAUACCAUCCAGAUAGCUGCUACCCUGAUGGAGACUUCUUCGUGGAUGAUGAUUACUACAAUAAUGGCGAGUAUGACCAUGGGGAGAUGCUCGAGGAGUACCCAGAGGGUUAUAUCUAUGAGUGUUGUGAUAGACGCGGAGAUGAGGAGGCCUGUACUGUGGAGAGACAUAUGGAGCGUGUCUCUAGUAAAAGACAAAAGGUCUACUGA